UUUGUUUCCGGCGGUUUCCUUUGGGUUCUUUUAAAUGGAAUGGCAGAUCUUGUUCGCCAUGGCAAUUCUGAACGCGACGUUGAGCAAGCGAUUAUUGCUUUGAAAAAAGGCACUCGGCUUAUCAAGUAUAGCCGUAAAGGAAAACCCAAGUUUCGAGCAUUCAGACUUUCUCCGGAUGAAACAGCAUUAAUAUGGUUGUCGCAUGGAGCAGAGAAGAAUCUGAAACUAAGCACCGUCUCUCGUAUCGUUACUGGACAGCGAACUGCUGUUUUUAGAAGGUUUUUUCGCCCGGAAAAGGAGCACUUAUCAUUUUCACUUCUAUAUAACAACGGUGACAGAUCUCUCGACUUGAUCUGCAAGGAUAAAGCCGAGGCUGAAGUGUGGUUAGCAGGUCUUAAGGCAUUGAUUGGACAGAAUCGAAACAGAAGAACCAAAAGUGAUUUUAGUGAUGUAAGUUCUGCUUUCUACAUACAUAUGCAUAUGAUAAGUCACUUGUUGCAUCUGAAUGGUCCCCUGUUUGGUGCUCUAGAGUUCAGCGACAGUAUUUCCGGUAGUGUUGCAUCUUUUGAUCUUGGAAGCUCAGAUGCGGGGUCAGAACGUGCAACUAUGCAGUUGAGAUCUACUGGUGCAGAUGGUUUCCGAAUUAGUGUUUCAAGCAGUCCUAGCUGUUCAAGUGGUGGAUCUGGGGGUCCAGAUGACAUAGAAUCAUUAGGUGAUGUUUACAUGUGGGGAGAAGUAUGGUCUGACGGAUCAGAUGGGACUGCAAGCUCAGUUUGUCUAAAAACUGAUGUACUAACUCCUAAGCCCUUGGAAUCAAAUGUAGUACUUGAUGUUCAUCAGAUAGCUUGCGGAGUUAGACAUAUUGCUCUUGUAACAAAGCAGGGUGAAGUUUUUACCUGGGGUGAGGAAUCUGGUGGAAGACUUGGCCAUGGAUUUCAAAAAGACUUUAACCAUCCCCAAUUAGUUGAGUUACUGGCAGCAACUAAUGUGGAAUUCAUUGCAUCCGGAGAAUAUCAUACAUGUGCUGUAUCCUCAGCUGGUGAUUUAUUCACUUGGGGUGACGGUACUUAUAAUGCCGGCCUCCUUGCUCAUGGUACUGAUGUCAGCCACUGGAUCCCAAAGAGAGUCUGUGGUGCAUUAGAAGGACUGCAAGUCUUAUUCAUCGCUUGUGGCACUUGGCAUUCAGCUCUGGCAACCUCUAAUGGCAAGCUGUUUACAUUUGGUGAUGGAAGAUUUGGUGUUUUGGGCCAUGGAGAUAGGGAAAACGCUGCAUAUCCAAAAGAAGUUCAAAUGUUGAAUGGACUAAAGACUGUUAGAGUUGCAUGUGGGGUAUGGCAUACCGCAGCUAUUGUUGAGGUUUCAGGCCAAUCCGGCGCUAACAUAUCAUCAAGAAAGUUGUUCACCUGGGGUGAUGGCGAUAAACACCGUCUAGGUCAUGGAAGUAAGGAAACUUACCUACUUCCAGCCUGCGUCUCUUCGCUCAUUGACUACAACUUCCACCAGCUAGCUUGUGGACAUACUAUUACGGUGGCACUUACAACAUCAGGUCAUGUCUUCACCAUGGGUGGUACUGCAUAUGGUCAACUAGGCAACCCGAGUUCUGAUGGAAAAUUACCAUGCCUGGUACAAGAUAAACUGGUAGGUGAAUUUGUCGAAGAAAUUUCUUGUGGGGCAUGUCAUGUUGCUGUACUGACAUCAAGAAGUGAAAUAUUCACAUGGGGAAGAGGUGCCAACGGAAGACUGGGACAUGGUGACAUAGAAGAUAGAAGGACCCCAACAUUAGUUGAAGCAUUGAAGGAUGGGCAUAUAAAAAAUAUAUCAUGUGGUUCGAACUUCACUUCCUGUAUAUGUAUGCAUAAAUGGAUCUCUGGUGUCGAUCAGUCAGUUUGCUCUGGCUGCCGGCAAGCAUUUGGAUUUACUAAGAAGAGGCACAACUGUUACAAUUGCGGACUGGUGCACUGCCAUGCUUGCAGUUCCAAGAAAGCAUUGAAAGCAGCAUUGGCUCCCACUCCAGGAAAACCUCACCGUGUUUGUGAUGCUUGCUAUGCAAAACUUAAAUCUGCUGAAGCUGGUAAUACUUCACUUUUGAUGAAAAAAUCUGCUGCUCCACGGUCUUCAAUUGAUAGCAGGGAAAAAUCAGAGAGAGUAGAGAUAAGGUCUUCCAGGCUUUUGCUUUCUCCCAACAGAGAACUGGUCAAAUACUUGGAGAUAAUGACAAGAAAACCUGGGCCCAGAAUCGACGCUUCUCAAAUGCGAGCUUCCCAAGUUCCUUCACCUUUACAGCUUAGAGAGUCUACACUUCCGAGUUCAUUAGUUCCUUUUCAAACUGCUUUUAGACCGGCAACAUCUCCGGCAGCGUCACCAUCUCAUUCCCCAUUGAACUCUAGAUCUGGUUCACCAUACUCGAGACGACCAAGUCCUCCACGAGGCACAAAUACAUUUUCGAAGAAUGUUAUUGAAAGCCUCAGGAAGUCAAAUGAACAUCUGAACCAAGAAGUGUCAAAACUGCAAAAUCAAGUAAAAUGUUUGAAGCAGAAGUGUGAUACACAAGAUGUGGAGAUUCAGAAACUACGGAAAACCGCUCAAGAAUCCGCUUCAUAUGCUCUAAGAGAAACAUCCAAGUUUAAAGAGGCGAAGGAAGUAGUUAAAUCUAUCAUAGAUCAGUUGAAGGAACUAACAGAGAAGUUGCCUUCUGAGGUUUCAGAGAGUGAAACCUUUAAAGCUAUGAAUACUCAAGCUGAAGCCUUCUUAAGCACUCAUGGAAAACCUGAUUCUUUUCUGCCAGCAACCACGGAAAAUCAGAGGGUAGAAGAUAAUGUGUACACCAAUGAUGGUGGAAGUUCCAGAGAGGCUGCAGCAGCUAGAGGUGAAGAAAUUACCGAGCAAUUCGAACCUGGAGUCUAUGUUACUUUUGUUUAUCACCGGAAUGGAGGGAAGAUGUUCAGACGAGUUAGAUUCAGCAAACGACGGUUUAAGGAGCAAGAGGCUGAAGAAUGGUGGAGCAAAAAUAAAGAAAGGGUGCUUAUGAGGUACAAUCCAAAUGCUACAAAAGCAUCAGUUGCAUCCUCCUCUCAACCGCCAGCAACGGCUGUUGAUGAAACCACUGACGCAGCAUAA